AGAUGGCGUUCAUCGAAUAAAAGUAGGUGUUAGGUACAGUGAAGACUCUUUUACGAAGAUUAUAUUUACAGUUAUUUGGUAUUUAUCAAGUUUGAUACAUUCUUUUCUACUGAAUUAGUUAUACAUAAAAUUAUUGUAAGUAAAUAUGGAUCAAGAAAGUUGUUCAGUGACAUGCUCUGUAACAAUUGAAUGGAUUGACUCACGAGGUUCGAUCCUGAGAAAAGUAAAUCAUCGAACAGCGUCCUUACGUUUGAUUCGAAAUAAUCCUCAUGAAAUAUUUGUCGAAGUACGUUCAGAUAAAUCAAAUCACACAACAAAGUUUUUACUAAAAUCUGUAAAUAUUUUUAACAAGUUUAUGAAUGAAGGAAAAGCUUCAAUCAAAUUCAAUAACGAAAAUUGUACGCUAUUUUUGUCAAAUGCGCCAACGGCUCAGCUAGUUAAUUUCCUAAAGACAAUAUAUGUCAAGAUCACAGGCCAAUCGGAAGAAAUGAAAAAACAUCCAUUAAAGGAAAAGCUACCUUUUAAUAAGCAAUUCAAUAGUUAUCAAGAAGUUAGCCCCAUAACGAGUACUGACAUAAAAAAGGUCAACGAGAAAAUUGGUAUUAAGAGGAAACUCUCAGAUACAGAUGCAUCUAAACCUAAUUGCGCGAAGAAACUUUAUGACAAUUCAACGAUACAAUUGACGGAGGAACAGAAGAGAAUCGUAGAUGCAGUACUUAGCGGUAAAAAUGUAUUUUUUACUGGUGGUGCUGGUACAGGAAAAUCGUUUCUAUUAAAAAAGAUAAUCGAAGCUCUUCCACCUGACGUUACGAUAGCUACAGCAAGUACGGGCGUAGCGGCGUGUCAUAUCGGCGGAGUUACUUUACAUCAGUUCGCCGGAAUCGGAUUGGGAACAGCAAAUUUAGAUAGAUGCUACCAAAUGGCUGCUCGUAGCUCUGCUUCUAUUUGGAGAAAAAUAAAAUACUUGAUACUAGACGAAAUUUCCAUGAUUGAUGCAGAUUAUUUUGAUAAAAUUGAAGCUGUUGCUAGACAUAUUCGUAAAAAUGAAAGACCAUUCGGCGGAAUUCAACUAAUUUUAUGUGGAGACUUUUUCCAGUUACCUCCUAUCUCAAAACUAGAUAAACAGACAAAAUUUUGUUUUCAAAGUGAGUCAUGGGAGAAAUGCGUGCACUUCAAUUUUGAAUUACAAACAGUUCAUAGACAAAAAGACCCUGAAUUUAUAAAGAUUUUAAAUAAUAUCAGAAUUGGUAGAGUUACAGAUAGUAUUACAAAUACUCUUAAGGCAACAGCUAAACAAAAGAUAGAGGGAAAUGGAAUUCUAGCAACAACACUUUGUUCUCAUGUGAAGGAAGCUGAAGAAAUUAAUGAAUUUCAGCUAAAUGAGUUAAAAGGUGAAUCCAAAGUUUAUGUGGCUCAGGACUCGGACCAAUCAAUGGUUACAACAUUAAAUAAACAGCUAACUGUUCCUAAUAAAUUAAUACUGAAAGUAGGUGCACAAGUAAUGUUAUUAAAAAACAUAAAUGUAUCUAAAGGUUUGGUAAAUGGAGCAAGAGGUGUAGUCACUGAGUUUGUAGAUAACAUGCCAGUAGUUAAAUUUAAAUCAGGCAUUCAAUAUCACGCAAAAAUAGAAAAAUGGACUUUAAAAAUGAACAGUGGUAGCAUUAUUUUCAGAAAACAAGUCCCAUUGAAAUUAGCAUGGGCUUUUUCUAUUCAUAAAAGUCAGGGUUUAACUUUGGAUUGCGUAGAAAUGUGCCUUGCGAGAGUAUUUAACGCCGGACAAUCGUACGUAGCACUUUCUAGGGCACAAAGCUUGCAAUCUUUAAGAGUCUUAGACUUUGAAAGUCAACAAGUAUGGGCACAUCCGGAUGUCCUUGUGUUUUAUAAAAAAUUUAGAAGAAAUCUGCAAGAAAUGGAAAUGAUUCCUUUAGGGAAAAAACAAAAAAUAUAAUUUCUAUCUAUAAAAAUUAUUUUGAAAUUCAGAUAAAGAUAAUGCAUUCUACAUAGCAUUAUCGAACUAUAUUUAGUAUUAAAUAAAUGUAAAAUAAUUUUUUAUAACGGAAUAAAGUGACCCUUGACUACGUAAA